UAUAUAAAAGGCCACAUGUCGGUAGUGAGCGGACUCCAGAGGCAGGAGCCAGGUGUAUUUGGGUUUGAUUCUUCUGGUUUGGGACAGGCACUCAAACAGGGAAAAAAAAUCAGACGUACAUCCGCUUUAUUCCUUUCCUUGCCACCCCCUCACUUUAAUUUUUUAAAAUCGGACGCCUGUGAGAUGGCCGACGCCGGGCAGCAGUACGUGGAGGGAUCGGAGAACGGUCACUACGAGGAAGGAGAGGGUCAGGCUGCCGGCGGCGGGCGGGGAAUGGCGGCGUCGGUGGACGGAGCGGAACCUUCCUCCGGAGUUGACAGCGAGGGCUCGAAAAUCAAUGCUAGUAAAAACGAAGAAGACGCCGGGAAAAUGUUCGUAGGAGGCUUGAGUUGGGAUACAAGCAAAAAGGACCUGAAGGAUUAUUUUUCCAAAUUCGGCGAAGUUGUGGAUUGUACAAUUAAGAUGGAUCCUGCAACCGGAAGGUCGAGGGGUUUUGGAUUUAUCCUCUUCAAAGACUCUUCAUGCGCCGAUAGAGUUUUGGAACAAAAGGAGCAUAAACUAGAUGGUAGAGUAGUGGAUCCUAAAAGAGCAAUGGCAAUGAAGAAAGAACCUGUGAAGAAGAUAUUUGUUGGGGGUCUUCACCCUGAUACCCCAGAAGAUAAGAUACGAGAAUAUUUUGGAGCUUUUGGUGAGGUGGAAUCAAUUGAACUUCCAAUGGAUAGCAAGACCAACAAAAGGAGAGGAUUUUGUUUCAUUUCAUUUAAAGAGGAAGAGCCAGUAAAAAAGAUUUUAGAGAAGAAGUACCACGAUGUUGGAAAUAGCAAGUGUGAAAUAAAAGUAGCUCAGCCUAAAGAAGUUUAUCAACAGCAACAGCAGUGGGGAGGCAGAGGUAGCGUUACAGGACGGGGUAGAGGUGGUGGCCGUGGAGCUGGUCAAAGUCAGAACUGGAGUCAAGGAUACAGCAAUAAUUACUGGAAUCCAAGCUAUGGCAGCAGUUAUGGUUACAGCGGUCAAAGUGGCUAUGGUGCAUAUGGAGGCUAUGAUUAUACUGGCUAUAACUACAAUAGUGGUUACUAUGGUGGAUAUGGUCAAGGAUAUGACUACAAUCAGAGUAACGGCAACUAUGGGAAAGCGCCAAGGCGUGGGGCAGCUCACCAAGGUGGAUACAAACCAUAUUGAUAUGGAAUGUGAAUGCAGAAUGUCACAUGAAGAUUAACAGUCAUCAAGCUGGCAAAAAAUACACAGGUCCUCUAAAUGCAACUGUGUUGCAUUUGGGGACUAGACUGUUUUCACUCCGGAUGACCCCAAAUGUACAGAAGAUUGUUUUAGGGAAGCUUGUCACUUUCCAACUUUUUAUUUUGUAGUCUGUCUUUUGUGUCGUACAUUUCCUGUGAUGGAAGUGGUUUUUACUGUACUUUUUGGUACCUAAUGGAUGCUAAUAAUGUAUUAUGUAAGUUUGUAUUUUACAUAAAAUUACUGGAUUUGCAUCAAUACCUUGCUUAUUGGAGCAAUCAGAGUUUCAGAAAUAAAAGUUCCUUUGUGUAUUUGUGUUGCA